AUGACUUGGAGAAACUCGUCGAAAGCUAAUGAAACGUCUUUUCAUCAAAACAAAGUUGACAGCAAUUUGGACGCGAUAUUAUAUAGAAGCAUAUUUGGAGGCAUUGCAGCACUCUCUUUCCUGGGCAAUCUUCUGCUAUGUCUUGUAAUCUGCAGACGUCGAAAGCUCCUUUCCAGGCCAUAUAACAUUUUGAUGUUAAAUCUUGCAGCCACAGAUAUGUUGACAGGUUUGAAUUUGUUUUUGCACAUUUAGUCUGAUUUCAAUCAUAACUCAUAACUAAUUGCUUAAUUCUCCUUCGGAUACAUGCAUUGCAAAGUAUCUUUUUAGUUUGGUUUGAUUUUUACCAAGUUUUAAACGCAGGCUCUCCGUUUAAUUUAUGGAAUAAAUUCUUAGGCUUUAUAAUUUAUGAAUGCAACACUUUGUUUACAGGUGCACCUAACGACCGAAUGUUUCCAAAUACGCCAGAAGUGUCUCAUAAGUUUCUCUAUUCUUUAGUGGCCUGUUUGGUCAAUUUGGAGUUGCCUUAAAAACUAUUCAGCUGUUCGGAUAUCUUAGGGGAACUUUGGUCGUCACGAAAGUUUUAGGUGGCUUUUUCGUCUCAUCCGAAAGUGUUAGCUGCCCUCCUGGGUCAGAGAGAAAGUUCGAGGACAUGACGUAGCCUUGCUUUCAUUGAAAAUUAUAGUGGACGUUUCGUCUUUAUGCCGAAAGUUUUAGGAGACAUUUUUUUUUUUUUUUUACAAUAAUCGCAAUAUCUUGAUAUUAAAAUGUGAAAACACAACCUCCGAAAAUCGUAGUUAGGCUAUUAGAAAACCACCGAAUAUUUUAGACGAAUGGAACGGUUAUCCAGACGUUUUUUUAGCUUUUCUCAAGCUUUAAAAAAUUUCUAGGCAAUAUUUGCUCCCUCGAACAGUUAUUUUACAGAAUACAUUCGCUGGGUGCCCCUGUGUUAACCCUUUCAUCACUAAGAGAAUAAAGUUAAUUUUUCUCCAAUAUCUAAUUGAGAUGUUGACAAUCGGUUUUAAGAGAAAUAGAGAAAAGCCAUACAACCUUAAGAGACUCUUAUAUUUAGCAAGCUGUAGAUGAUUCUUUGAAUCAAGGUCAAUACAUUUUAUUUUAACAUAUAUUCCUUUGCCUAGCGCCCAAGUUUAUAUUACAAGGAUUAUCCUUUAUUUUCUUGUACAGAAAGUCCAAAUUUAAGUGCGAGGCGUUUUUCAUUAAAACCCUGGCCUUAGACUUCUCCUUCUUGGAUUUCUUCUUUUUAAUAGACUCCCAGAGAGGACGGGAAAACAAUGUUAAGCGAAUAAUUAAAAAACAUGCCACCUUACAACAAAAGCUAAGAAUUUCGCAAUCCUGUUGAUGUCGAGAAUCUUUUGUGUUUUGUAAUUAAUAAAUUAAUUCUGCAUGAGCUGAAGGGCUCCCCAAAAGAUUCAGUUUGUCCUCAUUUAUUCCCCUGAAGCGUACAGAGAAAGAAAUGAGUUAUAUGGAUAACUUACAAUUCACCUUACAACAAAAGCUAAGAAUUUUGCAGUCGUGUUGGUAAUCCUUUAAAAAUUUUAGGGAUUUUUUAUAAGUUCUGCGUCAACUGAAAGGUGCCCAUUAUUGUUCAAUGUUGCGGUUUUUUUUAAUCGUGAAAAUUAAAUAAAACAUACGAUUUGACCGCCUUUAGGAAUCCAAGACUAUCCGGAAAUUUACUAUUUUAAUGAUUUAUGGCUAUUUUUGUUUUACUUUGUGGACUGAUAAAAGCUUUGGGAGGGUAAAACCUGAAAGGAAACCCACUGUUUACCGGAAAUCAAUCAAUAUAACUCCCUCACGUUAUUCAUAAAUUAUUUUUAUAGAUCGUUUUCACAUGACAACACAACAGUCGCUAUGUUGGAAUUCAAAAUCAUUUCGCCAGUUUAGAAACGAGAGGGAAACUGGGACGAGUUAACGUUCGCAAAGACUUCUGGGACUGUUACUGAGGACACGGAAAAAGUUGACCAAUAGCUGACCGCCACGUCCCCAGUAACCUCGUUUCUAAAGUAGCGAACGAAACGGCGGCUACAUUGAUGUACCCCCAAAAUCCCGUGGGGAUUGAACUCUUUCUCACGAAAUUUGUAUAGCUACUCACCGCGCGCGUGAGUGAAAUGAUCUAAUCUAUGACUUGUGUCCUUUGACGCCUCAUAGCUAGCCUGCGUAGCAAGCGUUUCCAGUCGAGUUAUAGCGCGAAAUUUGGAGCGGGAACAAAAAAAACGAAAAUACUCUCGUUCCAGUUUUCUCGACGAACCCGCGCGGAACCGCUUACUACGCAGGCUACCUCAUAGCAUCUCUAAAAACUAUUGGACCAACUUUCGUAAUUCUUACUGAAAAAUGUCCGCAGUAGAUAAGUAAGAAUAGAAAGAUGUAUAUUUUUUACAGUGUGGGAAAACUGAAAAUCAUCAUUUCAACACACUUUAAGUUUCUUAUUGAAAAAAGGACACCUUUAAAAAUUCUUGAAACCGCAAAGGAAGCCAAUAUUAUUAUACAAAACCCGGCUUCCUUGACAAUCAACAAUUGUUUUGAAGUUGUAUUGAUCAACUCUUAUCAGUUUCUUGUCCUUGAAAUGUUUGUUGCCAAUAUUACCAUAUAUGGUAAUAUAUUAUGAAAAAGUAAUUUCUACCAUAUAUGGUAAUCUAUUGCCAUUUUAAUUAGAUAUUUGCAGGAACAACAACUGUUUAUGGCCCGUCCUCUGUCAAUAUUGGAUGUAAGUUUUUCCAAUCGCAAAUCAACCUAAGGUUUCAAGUGGUAUUAUCUUGUAACGCUUGCUUAUCAAUUGUUUAUCUUUAACGUAGAAGUAUUGAAUAUUUUAGAAGAAAAAAGAGAAACUUUUUUUAUUGCUAGGCUUUUUACAGAAUAACCGUAUUUUCAAACUUAAUUUUAAAGAUCUUCGGACUCACGGACAAAAUUGUCCUCCAACUCUAGCAAGUAAGAGGUUCUCUUGUUGAUGUUGUUGUUGUUGUUGGUAUUUAUUGAAAAGGUUAGACCGUAAUUAGAUAUCCUUUGAUGGUAUGCACAAAAUAAAGUGAAUACAUGUAUCGGGCGUUGCUUGAACCAACUAUGAAGUUUAUUUGUGUAUUUUUAUCACUACAAGCGAAAAUUAUAAAUUUUCCUUGUCUUCAAUCAUUACACGCUCUUUGAAUUUCAUAGGUUAAUCAUGACUGUUGCCCUCAUUAACAGCUUCUGCCAUUCAAAGCUAUUCAAAUCAGUGUACAAACAGAACGUUUCUGUGAAAUCGUGAGGGGUUUCAUUAAGAUGGCUGCCCCGGGGUUUCCGACAUUUUUUCAGUGUCCGAGGAAGUAAGUUUCGGCAGAUAACAUCUGCCAUUGUUUUUAUAGAGACCAUUUUGUCAUUGUGUCAUCAUAAACGCUGGCUAGAAAUAGCUGUCACCUAUGCAAACAAAGGAUAUCGAAGUCCUAUUUGCUAUUCAUCUUAGCUGUGACGUUUGUUUCAGAAUAUCCUUAUAACAAUUGCAUUAUCAUUUGUUUCGGCUGUGGUGAUAUUAAGAAUCAUGAGCACUUUCAGUUUACUCGAAAACUAUAAAGUGAACAGUACAUUUUAUAAUCUGACAAGAAUCGAAACCGGCGAGGCCAGAGACUAUGGAACGUUGAUGAAAUCCACCUUUGGGAUUAUCGCAACUCUGUCUUUCUUUGGAAACAUGCUGCUAUGCCUGGUCAUAUUCAUGAAACGAUCGAUGUUAGCAAAACAAUACAAUAUUCUUAUCUGCAGCUUAGCAGUAACUGAUAUGCUAACAGGUAGGUCGCAGUAUAUGAAGCAUUUUCAUUCUUUUCUUUUCCUUUAAUUAUGUCAUAAAUUCAACAAUGCAUUGUUGUACCCUCGUAAAGAGAGAAUUAAUUUCGUGGAGGGCAGUGUGUACAACAAGAUAAGUUAUAUUAAAUGCAAAUAAUACAAACAGGCCUAUUAGAAGAAAGAAAGAAAAAAUUAAAAGUUUGCAAAUACAACAAACAGACGGAAGUUAAAGUUCUUACUGUUGUCUGCAUGCAAGUUUGAUAAUCGCUCUUUAACGAUCUUCGCCCUUUUUACAACCCAGCCUAACUAAAGAUACACAUAUAAUUCAAUGGUCCAUAUCACAGUACAUCACGGAACAGUAAUUUCGUAUCUUCAUUAAAAGACACAUCGAGGAUUAUUGAAAAUAAUGCCAUCUGACUCUCCUUUGGCAAAAAAGGCUUAGAACUUAUCAAAUUAUAUCAUGCAAACAACACUACUGCGUAUCCCCAUUUUGAUCUGUUUUACAACAUGACAUGCCUUUGUCAGUUUUGUCAGAUAACGUGUUUGUUCAGCGAUACAUCUGUGCAGGUGAAGAAACCACGGUAUUCAUCUUGUUAAAACAGUGACUUUAUACUCUGCAGUUUUGCUUUGAAUCACGUCUAUUACGAAUUUGAAUGAAACGAUAUGUUUCAGAAUAGAAUGAAUCAGAUCCUGGAGCAGCGAUUGUUCAAGUAAUUAAAUAAUAUGAUAGUUACUAUACAAAGCCUUUCAUUUAUACAUGUCUAACACUGUAAAAUAAUAAGAAGCCAAACAACCGUCUUCAUAGAAAAUACAUUUACCUACAGAAAAAAUGAUUUACUGAAAGCAAUUGCAAAUGCGUACUCGUCAUCAAUGGAAGGGUCAGUUCCAUAAGAAGUUGUGGACUGCGUCUUUUGCCCCCUUAUCUAUAUACAAAUUCCAGAGUGAACUUUAAAUAUUUCCGUACAGAAUAAGUUAAGAGAAUUUAGCUAAAAAAUCAAAGUAUUCUUCUUUUGGUGAUCAUUUUAUCAUUUCUCUUUUUCUUUUUAUGUACAAUUUUCUAAGCUUAUCCAUUAAAUUCCCUACGAUUUUCUGAAGGUUAGGCCUUUUUCUCAGAGAAAAGGAAACCUAAAAUCUUCAGAUUCAAAAAUUGGACGGAGAGAGGAAUAUGAAAAAUUUUCACUUUCGUAUUAUACGUUAAGUUGCAUCUAAAAUUUUCGGGAAAAUAAUACUGAAUCCCUUGUAAUUUCGAGAAGACUCAGGUCCCCUAGGAUGACAGAACACAUACAAAGUUUAUAGGGCCGCUUAGAAUGCAUUUCUAGUGGUCUGAAAGUACACUGAAAAGCCUAAAAAGUGUUAUCAUUGUAUUUCGUUAUAGGGGAAAACCGUCGUUGGGUGCCCUUGUCUUUUCUCUUGGUUAUGUAUUCAUAUCGUUUGGAGAAAGUUGAUGUUGAUCACUCUUGGGACAUAAAGUUGCUUUUCCCAUACAAAUCCUUCUAAUUUGCAGUCGCUGUUUUAACGCUAUUUCUGACGUUUAGCAUAUGAAAAAGUAGAUGCUAUCAUAUGCUAAACAUCAGAAAUAGCGUAUUCUAGUCUCCAGUUUUUGCUGUCAGAUUUUAAGAUUUAUUUUCGAAUUUUUGGAUCGAUUUGACGAUUUAAUAAAAUACACUCACAUUUUUUGUAUUUUUGUACUUGAAAAAAUAUUAUAAAGGCUAAUGAAACAAGUUUUUCCUGACCUCUUUGCAGGAAUAUUCCUUGUUGUUACACCAGACUACUUGAUUGACAGAAAAACCUUUCCCUACCCCUCUGGUUUGGCCGGCCAAAUCUACUGUCGUCUGAUUGGCUCAACAUACAUUCUGUAUAUUUUUGGAAAAGCUUCCACCUCGACCAUAAUGUGCCUUGCAAUCGAUCGUUGGUACUCCAUCGUUAAGCCGAUACGCUACAAGACUGCUUUCAGCAAACGCCGUCUUUACCUCUACAUCACCUUGAUCUGGACUUCUGCCGCCAUUACUCAGAUCAAUGAGCUGUUCAUCACCAAAGUGGAAGACGGACUGUGCACUUUUAUCACACCAUUUUAUGGCGCAAAGGCUGAACGCAUUCUGAUUCUGUUUCACGUGAUCAUCACGUUUUACAUUCCUAGUAUUGUCACGUGGAUGACCUUUGGACAUAUCUGGAUGCAUAUGCGACAGCCAAACAUUCGCCGUCACCUGGACAACAACAAAGCUACUAAACGUCUACUGCGCAUGUGUGCACUGGCGGCUUUUUUUCUGACCAUAUCCUGGCUCCCAGCAGAAACCUUUUUCAUUCUUUAUAAGUUUGAAAUUUUGAGAUUGCCUUUUGAGUUUUAUUUAUUCACGAGUAUUCUCGCAAUGUCCAACUCCUGCUUCAAUCCAUGGAUUUAUUGUCUAAGUAACAGAGAGUACCGAAGAGAGUUCAUCCGACUUCUCUGCUGCAUGAAAACGGAAAGCUCAAGGAUCAACAUAACGUUCUUUGGUUUGAUUAAAAAGCGAAGAAGGCGAGGUUGUUCAUAUUCGGUCUCCACUUCCAGCACAAGUUCAAGCAGCUUUUUGGUCAGUGAGGGGCCUUGCCUGCUCAGUUUGCGAGCGAUAACACGCGAAUCC